GCCCCGCGCCCGGCUCUCAGGCCCUGGAGCUCGGCCUCCCCACCUUCUCCCGGCGCAGGCCCUGCUCCUUUUCCGGCCGCCCUCGCUCCGCCCCUUCGCCUCUCCCCGCGCUCCCUCUCUCGCUAAUGGAAGGCGCUUUUCGUGAAGGCCCGGGUUUUUACAGCACUUCGCUUUUCUAACCACCAACAGUGCACGUUUGUUCGCAGGGCCAGCAAGGAGAGCCCCGCCCGCCGCCCGCCGCCCGCCGCCCUCCGAGCCUGCGGACUCCACCCGGCCCUACCUCCCCAGGCAUGGCGCCGCUGCGCUUCUCCGCCAAUCUGUCCUGGCUAUUCCCCGAGCUCUCCGGCCUCCCCGCGCGGCUGCGGGCCGCGGGCAGCUCGGGCUUCGAGGCCGUCGAGGUGGCCUGGCCGUACGCGGAGACGCCUGAGGGGCUGGCGCGCGCCGCGCGAGAAGCGGGUCUGCGGCUUGUACUGAUCAACACGCCCCCGGGAGACCAAGAGAAGGGGGAAAUGGGGCUGGGGGCCGUCCCCGGGAGACAGGCGGCCUUCCGAGAGGGACUGGAGCAGGCCGUGCGGUACGCCAAAGCCCUGGACUGUCCCAGGAUCCACCUGAUGGCGGGCCGAGUACCCCAGGGGGCUGAUCGAAUAGCAGUCAAGGCUGAGAUGGAGACCGUUUUUCUGGAGAACCUGAGGCAUGCAGCUGGGGUUUUGGCUCAGGAGGACCUCGUGGGACUGCUGGAGCCCAUCAACACCCGCAUCACUGACCCCCAGUACUUCCUGGACACGCCCCAGCAGGCGGCAGCCAUCUUACAGAAGGUGGGGAGACCCAACCUCCAAUUACAAAUGGACAUAUUCCACUGGCAGAUCAUGGAUGGGAACCUGACAGGAAACAUCCGGGAGUUCCUGCCCAUUGUUGGGCAUGUGCAGGUGGCACAGGUCCCAGGCCGAGGGGAGCCCAGCAGCCCCGGAGAGCUGAACUUCCCCUAUCUGUUUCAACUGCUGGAAGAUGAAGGCUACAAAGGCUUUGUGGGCUGCGAGUAUCAGCCUCGAGGAGACACAGUAGAGGGCUUGAGUUGGCUACGUUCAUACUGGGAUAGGCGGGGCCACCCAGAGGCUGGCCAGUGAGGGCCUGCACACCACCCACGUGCCUCCAGACCGCGAGUGAGAUCCCAUCUCCUCCUCUGCAUUAAAGAUGACCUGCUGAA